GAUUCACAGCUGGUAAUAGAAGCCUUUAAAUCGGGGUUUGAGCCUCCGGGAGAUAUCGACUUCGAGGAUUUCACGCAGCCGAUGAAGCGGACUGUCUCGGAAUCCAGCCUUUCCAACUCCAGAGGGGAUGGGAAGUCUGAGCCGAAGUUUGGUGGCAAAUCCAAGGGCAAGUUAUGGCCAUUCAUCAAGAAAAAUAAGCUUAUGUCCCUUUUAACAUCCCCCCAUCAGCCCCCUCCUCCUCCCCCUGCCUCUGCCUCACCCUCUGCUGUUCCCAACGGCCCCCAGUCUCCCAAGCAGCAAAAGGAACCCCUCUCCCAUCGCUUCAACGAGUUCAUGACCUCCAAACCCAAAAUCCACUGCUUCAGGAGCCUAAAGCGCGGGCAGACACAGUCUUUGUAUAUUCACAAAGAACUCAUGAAGAGGACUUUAGGGACACCCACGUGUGCCAUUGAGGCUAGGGAAUAUGUUCUUUCUCUCAAGCUGGGAGCAGGGCCAGAAGACUUCAGCAAUCUCCCACCUGAGCAAAGAAGAAAGAAACUUCAGCAAAAAGUUGAUGAACUAAACAAAGACAUUCAGAAGGAGAUGGAUCAAAGAGAUGCCUUAACAAAAAUGAAAGAUGUGUAUAUCAAGAACCCGCAGAUGGGAGAUGCAGCAAGCGUGGACCACAGAUUAGCAGAACUUGGACAGAACAUUGAAAAGUUACGAUUAGAAGUUCAGAAAUUUGAGGGCUGGCUGGCAGAGGUGGAGGGCAGGUUACCCAUGCGGACUGAACAGGCCCGGCGGCAGAGCGGACUGUAUGAAGCCCAGAACACUUCAGCAGUCAACAGCUGUGCGCAGGACCGGGAGAGCCCAGAUGGCAGUUACACAGAGGAGCAAAGUCAGGAGACUGAGAUGAAAGUACCUGCAAUGGAUUUUGAUGAUGAAUUUGAUGAUGAAGAACCACUACCCACCAUAGGAACAUGUAAAGCGCUCUAUACAUUUGAAGGUCAGAAUGAAGGAACAAUUUCUGUAGCAGAAGGAGAAAUGCUCUAUGUAAUAGAAGAAGACAAAGGUGAUGGGUGGACACGAAUCCGAAGGAACGAAGAUGAGGAGGGCUAUGUUCCCACGUCAUAUGUUGAAGUCUAUUUGGACAAAAAUGCCAAAGAUUCCUAAAGGUGUUUGUGCUGGUGCAAGAACCUCGGGGCGAGCUUGUCACAGAAGGAGAAACAAAAUGGUCUGUUUACCCUGCAGGCAGUUAAAACACACUCAUGGAAAGCCAGACUCCCAGUCUUGUCUGGAGUUCCCACUUGAAAAAUUCAGACCUAAAUUCCAUCCCAGUAUCAUUCAGAUGCUUGCUCUUUUUCAUGGCAUGCUACUUGUGGCUCAGAUUAACUUAUCAGCCUUUCCCACUCUUCUGCUAGCUUCGCCCCUCCGUAAAACAUAACCAACACUUCUCGCCCACCAAAUUCCUCCCAACACCGGUCAAAGAACUGCUGGCUGCCCUUUGAUGCUGAGGGUAACCAGAGAGUCCCAAGCAUGUGCUGGUCUGUCUUCUGUCCUCCUUUGUCCCUCAGUCCGUCUGAAUGUAUGCACUGGUCCAUCAGCAUCUCACACGGUGCCUUUAGUGCUAACCCUGCAGGUACUCUCAUCAAAUAGCGUGGGAGGGAGGUGCGUACAGGUGGAAAGCCUCCCCUGGGAACAGUGUUACAGCAGCUGGACCGGGCUCUGAAUUUGCACAUAUUAAAUUGCAUCAACAUGCAUUAUUCAAUAUUCUACUUUCCCCAAAAAGUCACUAAUACUUGUCAGCCUUUAUUUUUUUUUUAAAUCUAGGCUGAUGCUCA